CUCUUCACCUGGGCGUCUUGGGGUUAAACUAAUGGAGUGGAUGGGGAAAAAAACCGCAAUGUUUUCCGUCGUUUCUGGAAAAUCAGGCUACUAUUUCCUUUGACGUUACACUUACGAGAGGUCUACGUUAAUGCCAGAGCCCUUGUAGGCCAUCUUGGUUUUAAUCGAGCUGGUUAAUUUGGAGUCCGUUAUUUUGCCUUUUCUAAAAAAUAAACCUCUCCUGCCAAUGAGUAGCUUAAAGUAUAUCACAGGGAAAACGCAUGCGCGAGUCGAACAGUGUAUAUCUUACGAUUUCUUAAAUUGUUUUAUUAUCUAGCUAAACCCCGUGUAAAUUGUCUAAUAAACAAGUACUAUACAUUAAAACGUUGCAGUGUCUUGACUGUCACCAGCAGGUGGCGGCUCGAGAACCCUCCUGACAGAUUUUUACAUUGUUGACGGAAGUUCACGCAGAAGAAGAAGAAGACUUGGAGCAAAGAUGGUGCGGAUAAAGUCCAGGUAUUUGCUGUGUGAAAUUAACGUAACAGACAAGAGCCGUCUGUUGCUGCUGGACGACCGGGCUGUGAUGACGGCAGUGCGGACAGCUGUGGCUCGCAUUCACGGCGACUAUGGAGCAGCUCAGUGUAUUAUCGGUGUAUCGGUGAAAUACAUGAAUGCACACACCGGGAUGGUAUUUCUCCGUUUUCCCAAACGUUGUUACAAACUCCUGUGGUCCGCACUGCCUUUCAUAACGUGUAUGGAAACCCGUGGGCAGAAAAUCCCAUGUUUUCUAAACUGUUUGCAUGUAGGAGGAACAAUUAGAACGUGCCAGAAGUUUCUGAUCCGGUACAACACACAACAGUUACAUCGUCUGCUCCCUAAGUGUAAAAAUGAAGAUGAAAAACAUGUUCGAACGGCCCUUCUGAAAUGCCUACUACCUGGAGAGACUAGAGAAACGUCUGCAGAAGAAGCAGACAGCGAAGAAGAUGAAGUGGUGUGAACGACAGGAGGAACUGGUGUUCUCCUGGACCUUCUGCCUGGAGACUGUAUCGCGUACUUGAAUAUUUCAAGGCCGGACACAGUUCAGUGAACUGAGCUUAAACCAACCAAAUCACCCAAAAUUACCGAUUUGUAUUUUUUGUAAACAAAGUACUUGUGUUAAAUGUUCGUGUUUGUGUUUCAAAUGUAAAAGACCCCCGCCCCCCCAAAAAGCAAGUUGUCAAAGUGUUCAACGCUUUCCGGACGUGGGGUGGCGCCACUGAAUCGGCUCCACAUUAAAAAAAAAGUUUACACAAUUAUUUUUUUUCUUUCUAGGCUUUAGUCCUUUCUUGUCAGUUUAUUAUUUAUGUUUUAAAAAGAAAAAUAAAAUAACGAAAAUAAAGAAAUUUCUUUAUUUACAAAUA